AGUGAAAUAACCUUCCAAGCUGGCUCUGGUGCAGAGGAAGUAAUACGCAAUGAGAAAACUCUCAUCAUCUGUGCAUCAGGGAGAGAAUUACUGACUGAGUGCUGAGCAGUCAAGUUAUUGAUUCAAACCAAAGCCCAGUCUCUCUGUCUGCUGGGCUGGUUACAUCCUGCUGGUUCAUUGCAUUUAAUCGGAUUCCCUGAGCUGCCACGCAGAGUUAGAACCAGAUCCAUCUAUAAUGUUCGCUUCAAAAUCCAGCUCUGUAUCCCCUUCUCCGUCCAUGGAACAGGCAGAUUCCGAUGCUCUGGACAUCAGCACCAAAGUGCAGCUGUACGGUGUGCUCUGGAAGAGACCCUUUGGGAGGCAGUCAGCCAAAUGGUCCAGGAGGUUCUUCAUCAUUAAGGAAAGCUUCCUGUUGUACUAUGCUGAGAGUGAGAAGAAGAGUUUUGAAAGCAAUAAAUACUUCAAUAUCCAUCCCAAGGGUGUCAUACCCCUGGGAGGCUGCAUUGUGGAGCCCAAAGAAGAGGCCAACAUGCCUUAUGCCAUAAAGAUCUCUCAUGAAGACUUCCACGGUAACAUUGUUCUAGCAGCCGAAUCAGAGUUUGAGCAGGCUCAGUGGCUGGAGAUGCUACAGGAGUCUGGAAAAGUAACCUGGAAGAAUGCCCAGCUGGGAGAAGCUAUGAUCGAGAGCCUGGAAGCUCAAGGACUACAGCUGGCCAAGGAGAAACAGGAAUAUUUAGAUAAACUAAUGGAAGAAACAGAAGAGCUAUGUCUGCAGAGGGAGCAAAAAGAGGAACUCGAGCGUCUGAACCAGAUCCUGGAAGCAGAGAAGCAGCGUUUUGAAGAGGUGGUGCGGGAGCUGCGGCUGGAGCAGGAGGAGAUCAGACGGGAGCUGGAGCUCACAGCCCGCUCCCUUAAAGGAGUGGAGGAAGAGAAGAAAGAGUUGCGAAGCCUGACAGAGUCCUUACAGAACACCCUAGAGGAGCUCUCCCUGGAAAAACAACAAAUGCUGGAGAUGCUGGAAGAAAAUGAGAGCCAGGUCCCACCUCCAACCAGCCCCAGCAAGGAGCAAAGCCCCAUCUGGGGGUUGCACUGCAGCCUGCGACAGAUUGAAGAGAAGAUGCAGCAACUUCUGCAGGAGAAACUCCUGGCAGAGAAAAGGAUGAAGGAGAAUGAGGAGCGGUCUCGAGCACUGGAGGAGGAGCGGGAGUUUUACUCUUCCCAGUCGCAAGCGCUGCAGAACUCGCUCUCGGAGCUGACUGCAGAGAAACAGCAGGCAGAGAGAGACCUCAAGGCUGAAGUGAAGGUACGCAUGGAUCUGGAGAAGAGACUGAGAGAGGCUGAGGAAGCGUUGCAGAGCUUGGAGCAAGGCUUAAAUUCUCUGAAUUGCAACAAGGAGAAAGAGAAGAAGAUGAAAGCAGAUGUCAGUAACUUGAGAAAGUUCUUUGAAGAGUGCAUCCGCAAUGCUGAGCUGGAGGCCAAGAUGCCUGUGAUCAUGAAGAACUCUGUGUACAUCCACAAGGCUGCCACUCGCCGCAUAAAGAGCUGCCGCUUCCGCUGCCGGAGAACCAGCGCUUCCUGGAAUGACAUGAAACAGUCACAGUCCUUCAUCUUCUCACAUGCAGAAGCUGAAAACAUUGAAGAGCUGAAAGAAGCAGCCAAAAGACUGAGCCGGGACCAGCGCUUUAGGAAAACUAUCUAUCAAAUCAUGAGGAGUUGGCUCGCUGCACACCCUCAGUCAAUCAGCACUUCGGUGGGGCACAUUUCCUGAAGACUGCAGCAGUCCCAGUCUCCCAAGCACAGCCAAAAGUAUCAAACAUGGGGCCAAACUUUUUUUCUUGAUGCUACAUCAUUUCAAGCAAACAUCAACAACACAAAGUCAAGACAACAGGAGGAUGCUGUGGUUUUGGGUCCAAGGAGGAUCAUGUACAGAGAAAAGCUUAUAGGUAACUCAAUGGCAUCGAUGCAAGCUGAAGGGAAUGUUGAUGGUGGGCAGAACAUUCCAGGGCCACCUUUGCACAUUUUUUGCACUGGGACAUCUAGCUGUGUCAGAACUAGGGAAGGUGUUAGCUAUUGGCUAUCUGUCCUCAUAGUGAAGAAGCCUUUGACUCAGUUUUGAUGGCUUCCUCAACACCUCUGUAAAACAAGCUGGAGGGCAGAAGGGUGAAGACUGUCCAGCAACAAAGUGUCCACUACCAUUUCAGGCAAGCUGUAAGGGCUGUGGAAGAGGAGUACAGGAGAGGAGUCACUUUGUUGUGGAACCCCUUGCAGCCUCCCCCACCUAUUUUAAUCAAGCAGUUGGUUAAUAAUUACCCAUGCUGUAGAAGCAGCACUGCCUGGUGCUUACAGAGCACAGGAUAAGCACGCUCGGAGUGAUGCCCUGUUUUCUCCUGCAUAUUAAUUGGGAAAUAAAGAAAUUGACAAUACAAAGGUAAAUAAAGUAAGCAGCAGAAGUACAGUUAGAGGUUAGGGUAAAGUGCAGAUUUAAUGUACCUUUCAUGGCAUCAGGAACCCUGGGUAUUAUGUAUGUCCAGUGACACACAGGUAUUUGCUUGCCACGGUCCCAGUCAGACUGUGACAGUGUCCACUCACAGCCUUUGGCUUCUGGCCACCUACAUAAUUCCCUACCAAUUUUGUGUUAUUCCUAGGGAUAAGUCAAGGAUGAGUCUGGGAAGCAAGCCUUGGCUUACCAUCCAGCGGAGAGGGGUUAAUGCUGGGUGGAGGAUCAUCCUGUGACAGUGUGGUGCUCCUGGGUGGAAUCACUCUAGUGUGACCAGAGGAAAAGCUUUGAAAGCACAGCCUGUACUUCCCAUUUUAGUCAGUUACUGACUAGUAUCCUUCUGCCAGGCAUUGGGAGGUUUCAUCCAAUCAGAGGAUCCAGCUCUGAAGGAGGAUGUUUUUGUGAUAAUAGGUGAUAUGGUAGAAGAUUGUUCCCAUCCUUCCUUAGCCUACCUGAUCCUUCUGUGGUUUAUCUGCUUGUGUUUAUAUGCUAGAAAGUCACAAAUGAAUUCUUGCCCUACAAGGCUGAAGGGCUGUGAUAAAGCAAUACAGAAAUAGUUUUUUCCUUUAUGCUGUUCCCAAAUCAUCUCUGGCUAUUUUCCAGUUACAAGGUCUAUAUUAGGUGAUGCUGGAAGGAAGAGAAUAAAGGAUAGCUAGGGAAUGCAUCUGUAAUUCAGGCAGUUAGGAAAACUGUGGCCUAUGAAUACAGAAUUUUUGUUCUAUUACCAUCAAAGCCACAAUAUGUGACUCUUCAGAAAUAUUGUAUGCAGGAGGUAGCCACAUCAGGUCUUCCUUUACUGUGCAUAUUGACAGCAAUAAGUAAAUAAAAGUUAUGCUGACACUAGAAUGAAUUCCUGUGUGUUCUUGAUACAUUGUCACCAAAAUGAUGUUAAAUUGUCUCUGCAGGAGUUCAAACAAAUCAUUGUGACACUCUCAUUUACUGCCAGCGCAGUUCUUCUGCUUCAUUGAGUUGUUGUGUAACGUGCUUAACAUCACCUCUCAGAAGCAUUGUGUAUGUAAAAAGCUUUCACCCUUGCUACCCACUUCCACUUUUAUAUUGUGUAUAAAGUUAAAGCAGAAUGUACCACAUCUGAAGUAGAAAGCUCCCGCUUGCUUAGCUGAAGUCAGUGAACAACUCUUUGUUUAACCAGCAAGAUGUGCCCUGAGCCACCUGUGAGGAGGUGCUUUCCAUCAGUCAUUCCCUGCUGCACAGCAAUCUACUACCCUGUGAUAUCCCUGGCAGAGCCAGCAUGGAGCUGCGUCUGUGCACCACAGCAUCUAAAUUAAGUGACUGUCUCCUUUCAAAGGACACAGAAAUUACUGAUUUCAAUGUUCUCUGCAUAUUUUUAACGCAAUGCAGUAACAGGAAGAUGACUUAGGAAGCUCACGUCUGUUCAAAUAACCUCCAUUAGUAAUCCUAGAUUGCUUUCUUCUGCUGGGAAAACUGGGAAUGAGCUAAUAACUUCCUCCAAUGAGAAGAGUUCUCUAACUUGUUCUCUUGUGUCUGAGGAUAGAAGAAAAUACAGGAUGGUUUGCACCUUUAAGAUUUCACUUCAGGAGUUGCAGAACACCUAGACUGGCUCUGAAAAGCCUGUGGCCAUUCUUCACCACCUCCACCUUCUAGGUAACACCUAGUAACUUCUUUUCUCUCUGAAGAUGCUCCCUGUUGUUCCUGUCAGAGACACUGCCAAAUGUGAAGACUGCUGAUUUCCUCUGCAUUGUCUUGGCUACUUUUCACAGUGUGAAGGAUGGACACUGUCAAAGGUUCAAUUAACUGAUUUAAGGGUUAACAUCAUCCUCCUUGUAAGAUGCACAGGCUGUUUCAGUCCCUAGUGAAGAAGAGUGGUUCCUGCUGGAGUGCCCACCACCCCAAGGCUUUGCUCUUGCACAAAGUUAAUGUCAGAGAAAGAAAGGCAGCCCUAGCCCUGCUGCCCCCAGUCUGUGCUGCUUCUAAAGCAGAAAAGUGGAUAAGAAAUGGAAAUUGCCCUUGGGGCCAGAAGUAGAUA